UCCGCUGUUUAUUGGGUUAAUGAGUAUGAAUGUCAGAGUUCUCUGUAAUGGAAAUACCCGUUUCAACGUUAAUUUUAUAUCGCGUGUCGUUAAAUAACCACAGUGGGCUGUGGUUAGUGGAUCGGCUUUGCUCCUUCUACUUCUCAUAACAGUGCACAGCGUAGAACAGGCAGCCGUCCCCAUGUUGAAGGGGCGGUAGCAGUAGGAGUAGUCUGAAGCUAGUCUCCCCUUUUCUUCCUCUCUGCUGCCUUCAUAGCAGUCCGCGCCUGUGCCAGCCGACCGACCGACCGACCGGCAACUCUCCCACGACCUCACAGCGGAGCUACAUGACAAGCCCCUCGAGGGACAGAGAAACAAAAGGAAGAUGGCUACUGAAAACUUGGAGAUGAACGGUGAUGCUGACCGAAACGGCGAGGCUGAGGUGCCUCUGCGGAGAAGCUGGAGGAGGCAGCAGGGGCCCCUGAACAUGAACCAUUACGCCAACAAGAAGAGCGCAGCAGAAAGCAUGCUGGACGUGGCUCUGCUGAUGGCCAAUGCCUCGCAGCUGAAAGCUGUGAUGGAGCAAGGGCCAGACUUCACCUUCUAUACGCCCCUCAUCACCCUCAUCAGCAUCUCCCUCAUCCUGCAAAUCUUAGUGGGAGUUAUGCUCAUCUUCAUAGUUAAGUGGGACCUAAAUGAUGAAAGCAUGCAUUACAAGCUGAACAUCUUGGAGAAUGCCGCCACAGCCUUCGUCUUCAUCAUAGUCGUGGUCAACGUCUUCAUCACGGCCUUCGGCGUCCAGCAGCCCGCCAAAAAGUCCUGAUCACCUCUUCUGUGGCGUCCAACGCUGCUUUAUCUGCUUAGUAAAUAUGGACCUACAUGUUGUCUUCCACAGAUGAACAGGACAUGCAUUCACCAAAGAGGAAGGCAUCGGAGGGCCUUUCUUUUUCUGUCAUUCAAACUUCCAGGCUCGGAGAGAACCAAAAAACCCUGAAGAAAAUUAUAUUGACUGCUCUGUGUUUGUGUUUGAGUGAGUGUGUUUGUGUGUAUUUGAGUGAGAGUGUGUGUGUGUGUGUGUGUGAGUGUGUGUGUUACACUCUCUAACUAUGACCAACUCAGUUCUUAUAUCAGGUGGAAAUUCAACAGUGUGACCUCUUAUCAGGUUACUGAUACAAAUAAGUUAUGCCUUGAUUUAAAACUAUACGUUUCCUGACUUAUCCAAAUGAGAUUCUUAACAGUGACUGCAUCAGGACUCAUUUUCUUCUGUUUUUACACGAGGCAUUAUAUGAUACAAAUACAUUUAUUAUAUGUUUACAAUGUAACAAACCUCCACCGACUGAUGACCUUACAAGCUUUGUUUUAAAGUGCUAUGCAACAUACGUUUGUGAUAUUUAAACUGAUUUAUGUUUGUCAGUGUCUUUGUUUUGUAGUUUCAAUUAAACAUGUCAAUACUUUUUUUAAAUCACAUUUUUAGUGCAAGGAUUUUCUACGCUUUAAUUCUGUAAUCUCGUAUUACACACUGUGACUGCUAUUUCAAAUGGUAUUUGUAAUAAAACUACGAAAGUGAUAAUUGAAUUUCA